UUUUAAUGUAUGUUUGUGGGUUCCCAUAAACUCUAAAAUCAAAAGGAACUGUCAAAAAAAAAAUGAAAAACUCAACCUUCAUGUCUCACUACUUUUCUUCAUUUAUAUGCGUCACAAAUUGAAGCAAAAAAGAGCAAAAGAAUCUGAAUUCAUGACUCAUUUGAUGCAUAUCCAUGUUGCUAUAGUUGCAGCUUUAACUGGAUGUGUUUCAACCAUUUUACUCAUUUUCAUCUGGAGAUUAUGUCAUCACAAGAAAGAUCGAAAGAACUUCAUUGAAUCAAAUAGUUUGAACAAAAGAGAGAGCCAUCAUGAAGGAAGCAAUCAAUUUGAUCAAGGAAGAAAGAAAAAAGGAAGAAAAGAUUUGUUUGAUUGGGUCGAUCAUCCAUAUCUAGCUUCUGAUGCUGUUGAAAAUGGAUGGUCAAGAUUUGCUUUCACAAGCUAUAAAAGUGAUUCUAUGUCGUCAAAAAAAUCAACUUCUUCGACCCUUUUGGGAGCUUGUGGAGGCGGUGGUGGUGAGUAUGGAAGAGAAGAAAAUGAGGUUGAAAUAAGUUGGGAAGUCUGUCAAGGUUCAAAUGAAUUCAUGCAGAAGAUAAGACUUAAUUCUGGUUUGAAAAAGUGUUUUUUUCAUCCAAACAAUGCUUUAAUGAAUGUUCAUUCUGUUGUUAGGACUUGUUUGCCUCUUCCUGGUCCUAGUUUAGGGAACCAUGUUUUUCCACAAGAAGCUUAUUUUGAGAUUACUAUAUUGUAUUCUUGUGGUGGAGAUGAUUGUGAAGUUGUUGGAAGAAGAGAAGGAGAAAAGACAAAAUUGCUUAUUGAAAAAAGUUUGAAUGAUGAAGGUGAUUUGAAAAGUGUUGAAGAAAUGAAAGUUGAAGGAAAAGAUGGAUCUGUGAUGGUGUCAUUAGGGUUAAGCUAUGGUGGAAGUGUUCCUUUAAGAGUUCCAGGAAGUUACCCUAGAAGCAUAGGGUUCAACUCCAAUGGUUCUGUUUUUCUUGAUGGAAUGAAACUCGUAUUUGAAUCCGACAAAGUGCAAUGGAUAGGAAGGGACACAGUAAUUGGUUGUGGAUUUGAUCCAAGAAAAAAGAAAGUUUUCUUCACAUUAGACUCAGAACUGGUGCAUGUAAUUCACUGUCAAUCAGAGGAAUUCAGCACACCACUCUGUCCAACAAUUGCGGCAAAUAUAGACAUUAUGAUUUUAGUUAAUUUUGGGCAAGUUGCAUUCAAAUAUGCGCCUGCAAAUGCGCAAAGAACGCCGAAUCCGUGUUUUAUAGCACCACUUGUACAUUCCCCUGGUGCUACGCUUGGAUUUGAUGACAGUAAGGAACUAUUCUCGAUGGGAAGGAUUGAUUCGCCGUGGCAGAAUCGAUCCGCGACGAAAGGAAAUAACAACGGUGGGAAUAAUAAUAAUCUAGCAUUUGAUUUUGAUGAGGAAUCUGAAGCUGAUUUGUUUGAAAUUGUGUUGGAUGGUUCAGAAAAAUCACCAUACUCAGUGUCCUUAUCAUAAGUUACUGCAAACAAUGAUGUAUAAACCACAUGUAGUUAUUUUGUUUCUGCAAUGAAAUGUGUGUUUGUUUAGGCCUCUCACACAUUGUCAAUGUUUCGUUCGUUUUUUUCAAUUUUACCCUUAGUUGAAGAAUAAAUACUUAUACUAAAAAAUUAAAUACAAAUAUUUUUAUGUAAAAAAAUAUUCAUUAAAUACGUGUGUCACAAAGGAUUCAUCAAAUGUAUAUUCAAGAGACUUUCAAUCUUUUU